AUCCUACUCUGCACGUCGCAUCCUAUAAAUCCGAAACUCGAGUGCCUGCGCAAUCUUGGCAUCCUCGUCGACCUGCGAGCAUUUCCUCUUUCCUCCGUCGCCUGAAGCGCCCUUCACCAUGUCCGGAGAAGACAAGACCUCGACCAACAGGCUGUCGACCGGCCCUCUCAGCCCCAAACCAGAGUCGCCGACCACCGCGCGCCCGAUGGAUUUCGACGACGAGCCUCAAGAGUCCGGCGUCACGUCCACCUCGCCGGCCGCUCCUCCGCAGCGGGCCACGGAAGCUGCCCCGCCAAAGCCACCCCGCCCAUUGAGUCCCCGACUACAGGCCGAGAACACCCUCAAGGAAGCUUUCCCAUCGAUCGACCCUUCUGUGAUCAAGGCAGUCCUGGUGGCCAGCAACUGGGAUGUGGAACGGGCUUUCCAUGCCUUACUGAGCAUGACCGACCCGUCUGCCGCCGAACAAGAUGCACCUCCACCUCCCCCGAAACCGCCACGUCCGACCGCUGCGCAGAGGCAGCUGGAAGCGGAUGAGAUGUAUGCCCGCCAGCUGAACGAGCACUACAACCGUCGCGCGCCGCAAUCCCGUCGGGGAAACGAUUACCCACAGGAGCGGCAGAGACGAGGGAGCGAUAUGUCCGAGGAGAAGGAAUACAGCUUCUUUGAUGACGACCUCCCCGUGAUCCGCGAGAACAUCCGCAAAGGAUUUCUAGAUACCCAGACCAAGGUCAACUCGUGGGUCACGAAUCUGAAGAAGCGGCUCGACGGAGAGCCCGAGGACUCGGGUACCUCUACCCAAGGCCGUCCUGAGGAGAGCUACGGUCGACCUCGGCGCAGCGGGGACCUAGGACGCCGGAGCGGCGAUCGCGAACGCUACGAUGCCGACCCCCAGAUCCUGAAUGACGACUUCUCUGGGCUGGAAUUGAGGGAUAGUGAAGCUCCUCCCCCGCGCCCCCCUCGACCUCUCGCCAACCCCAACCUCUAUAAGGCCUCCUCGCCCUCUCCGGAUCGACGCCGAGUGUCGUUCCAGGAGGGCCCGCCUGCGGAGAUUGAUAAUCUUUACGACGCCGAACCCGUUCGACGAACCCCUCCGACGACAGGCAAGUCCAGCAAGUGGCAGCCCUUGUCGACCGUUGAACCAUCACCCGUCGGAGAGCAUGAUCCGUUCAGCCUGGGCGAUAGCGAGGAUGAGAAGGAGAAGGAGACCAAGACCAAGGAACACAGCGCAUCGGAGGCUGGGACCGGGGAAGCGUCGAAAGACACGAGUAAGGCCGAAGGUGCCGGGAGGUCAUAGAGUUACCCUAAGCGCUUGAUCGUUCAUUUGUCCCCUUUGACUCAGCCUGUCUAACCCUCCACACCUCUCCUUGUACCCUUGCUAUCCACUAUUAUCCCAACUAUCCCAUCCUCUAUGCCUCCAGCCGACAACGAUGAUACCAAAGACUGCGAAUCGGGAGAAUGCGGGCGAUGGAAAUCGAUCUCCGUCAUGACGGCCACAUCCCAUCUAGUAUCUUACGAAUGUGUCUCUUCUUUCCCAUAUGUAGCAUUAACCAUGAUAACUGAGCUCUUGAAACAAUGAACCAUAUAUGACACGCAAA